AUGCGCGCUCCGCCGCUGCUGUUGCUGCUGGCCGCCUGCGCGCCGCCCUCCGGCGCCGCUGUGGUCCCCACGCCACCGGGCUGGGAGCCGGCUUCCGACGCGCCCUGGUGUCCCUACAAGGUGCUGUCCGAGGGCCCCGAGGCGGGCGGUGGGCGCCUAUGCUUUCGCAGCCCCGCUCGGGGUUUCCGCUGCCAGGCUCCGGGCUGCGUGACGCUGGUCUCGGCGGGUGGUUCUCUGCGCGCCCACGUCCUGCGCAACCGCAGCGUGUUGCUGCAGUGGCGACUGGCACCGGCCGAGGCGCGCCGCGUGCGAAUCUUCGCGCUGAACUGCUCGUGGCGUGGCACCUACACACGCUUCCCGUGCGAUCGCGUGCUGUUGGGCGCCUCCUGCCGCGACUACCUGCUGCCCGACGUGCACGACAGCGUACGCUACCGCUUGUGCCUGCAGCCGCUGCCGUUACGCGCCGAGCUCGCCGCCACCCAGCCAGAGCUCGCCGAGUGCGUGGAGUUCACCGCCGAACCGGCAGCUAUGCAGGAGAUCGUGGUGGCCAUGACGGCGGUGGGCGGCUCCAUCUGUGUGAUGUUGGUGGUCAUCUGCCUGCUGGUGGCCUAUAUCACCGAGAACCUCAUGCACCCGACCUUCCGGCGACCCAGUCUGCGCAGGCAGUCCUGA